ACAUCAACCACUCCCUCAUUAUAGGCUACACAAAAUGCACACACACACACACAUUUUUCCUGUCCCACCAGUUUUUAAACGGAUAUCAAACAUUUUACUGGGUCUUAAAUCCAGACAAGGAUUGAUUUACAUUACUGGUGAUUUAUCUACUGUCGUACUUGUGACCAGUAUUAAUAGGAUAAACUAAAUCCUUUUGUGACAAUAUUGGGAGGAACAAUGCGCUUUAUUAAGCCAUAUGUUCUGCUUGUUAUUGCUGGAAUAUUCUUGCUUCUCGGGUAUGUCUACUUCAGCUUCUUCUCUGAAAGACUCAACAGAGAAAUGACAAUUGAUGAGGACCAGCAGAUGUACUGAUGUGGUGGCAGUGACCCCGUGGUUGGCACCCAUCGUCUGGGAAGGCACCUUUGACGCUGUGCUAAUCGACAACAUCUACAAGCCCAUGAACCUCACCGUAGCAACCACUGUGUUUGCCGUUGGAAAAUACGUCAGGUUUCUCCAAGAUUUUCUGGAGACGGCAGAGAAGCACUUCAUGGUCGGCUUCCACGUGCGCUACUACGUUUUCACUGAUCGUCCCCACGAUGUUCCUUCAGUGAACCUGUCUCAGGGGAGACAUCUGAGUGUGAUCCAGGUCCCGGGUUCAAACCGCUGGCAGGAGAUAUCAGCCCGCAGGAUGGAGAUCAUCCAGACCACCAUCGAACGUCAGAUCAGAGGAGAAGCCGACUACAUCUUCUGUCUGGACGUAGACAGCAAGUUCCACGCUCACUGGGGGUCCGAGUCUCUUGGAAGGCUGGUUGCUGUGAUACACCCAGGCUACUACGAGCAGACCCGUGACCGCUUCCCGUACGAACGGCGUCCAGCCUCAACGGCCUACAUCCCCAUGGAUGAGGGAGACUACUACUAUGGCGGGGCUAUGAUCGGAGGGUUCGUGGAGGAUGUGUACACACUAGCAAAGGUAUGUCGGACCCGGUUUGAGGAGGAUGCAGGGAAUUCCAUCGAGGCUGCUUGGCAGGAGGAGAGCCACCUCAACAGGUACCUGCUCGACAACAAGCCCAGCAAGGUGUUGUCUCCAGAGUACCUGUGGCAGGACUUCAAGGCCAAAACCAAAGAGGUCAAAGUAAUUCGCUUCUCAGGGGUCAUUAAAAACUAUGCUGAUGUUCGUCCCAAUGUAUAAAAAUAGGUAGUGGCUAUUAGACCGGCAGAAGAAAAACUUAAGUUAGUCGUAGCGGUAAAAUUAAUUGAGUUUAGGUUAAGGAACAAGGGUUAAGUUUAACUUUAGGUAUAGUUUGACUGAGGUUAAUGUUUGGGUUACGGUUAGGGAAAGGCAUAAUAACAGUAAUUUUGGGGGUGCUUAUAUUGGUCACCUGUGGGUGUUUCUUGUACAAAUGUGUAAUGGAAAUGUGUUUCUUGCAUAUCACAACUCCUGAGAGUGGGGUCACGGGCCAGGGUCACCAUUAACUUAUUUCAUUCUGUAUUCUAUCUAUUUUGCAUGUUGAUUACUGUGAGGGAACAAAGAAAUAUGCAAAAAAUGUAACAAUGGUUGCAAUAAUAGUAAUAUGUUAUUUUCUUGAAAUAAAUGUUUUACCAU